AGCGCACAGCGCGACGUGUCCUCUGCUGCUCACCUGAAACAGCGCAGCGCACAAACAGACAGAUUGACAGGCGGGCGGGCAGGUACACAGAGGAGUGGAGCCGGAAGAACACGCAGGUCGAGUUGCCCUAGUAGUACUUCUUCUGUUGUUUCUCCACGCGUUUUUGAGCUGAUCUGUCCGUCUACUAAACAAACAAAAAACAACAACAACAUUUAUUUAUGAAAGUGAAGCGACACCGGAGGAAACAUGCCAGAGCAAGGAAAGAAGCUGCUUCUGAUCGUGGUGGAUAUUCUUUGUGUCUUUGCUGCGGCUCUGCCCUCAGUUAUCCUGACGCUGAUGUUCCGUCCAUACCAACGGGGAAUCUACUGCGAUGAUGAGAGCAUCAGCUAUCCCUACAGGAGAGACACCAUCUCCCAUGGAAGCAUGGCUGCAGUCACCAUCAUCUGCUCCAUUGUCAUUAUCACCACAGGAGAGGCCUACCUUGUGCACACAAAGCGGCUGCACUCCAACUCCCAGUUCAACCAGUACCUGUCGGCCCUUUAUAAGGUGGUGGGCACCUUCUUGUUUGGAGGAGCCAUCAGCCAAUCGUUGACCGACCUGGCAAAGUUCACUAUAGGUCGUCCUCGUCCAAACUUCUUAGCCGUGUGCGCCCCGGUAACCUGUAACGGAUACGUCCUGCAGAUCAACUGUACCGGCGAGCCCCGCAAUGUGACCGAAUCCAGGUUGUCGUUCUAUUCUGGCCACUCGUCCUUUGGGAUGUACUGCAUGCUCUUCCUGUCGCUGUAUGUCCAGGCCCGGAUGCAAGGGAAGUGGACGCGACUGGUUCGACCAACCAUCCAGUUCUUCCUGGUGGCGUUUUCUCUGUAUGUAGGAUACACUCGUGUGUCUGACUACAAACAUCACCCAACUGAUGUGCUGGUGGGGCUGCUGCAGGGAGCUCUCAUCGCUGUGCUCACUGUCCGAUACGCGUCCGACUUCUUCAAGCAGCGCCCGCCUCGCUGCACACGACCAGACACAGCAGAGAUUGAACACCUCGAACGCAAACCGAGCCCACAACCUCCCGACUCGCAGAAUGCAAACCACUACAACUACUCUGGAACCGUAUGAGCUCUUUCCAGCAGCGGCGGCGACUACUUCUACUAACCCAUACUCUUUCACAGCAGCUCCGUUAACAAAGGACCUGAGACUUGUACAGAAAAAACACAACACACAGUGCAGGAACCACUGCCUGGAAAUCCAGACUAGACCUACUCCAUUUGGAGACAACUUCCCAACAAUUUUACAGCUAUGGAAUCUCACGUUCCCAAAACCUGUUGGAACAAAAACUCCACUGUCUGUUUGUGUGUCUCUUAGUUCAGUGUGUGUGUGUGUGUGUUAUGAAAACAAGUGUGGUUGAUUUGUAUUGUUGGUCUGUUUGAAAGUGUGCAAUGAUAUAUAUAUUUUUAUGAUGGUUUUUUUUUCUUCUCAGUUCUGUGCUGUUUGGGGGGAAAAAAGUUUCCGAAUCGUGGGGGGAAAAUUUAUGCUGUGACUUCAACUGAAAAGCGAGCUAAAAGCUGCUAAAGAGAUCUGUAAAUUUCAAAAAUGACAACCAAAUAUUACUUUCUGUCCUUGAAUAGUGUGAGAAAACCUUGGAAGCUAAAUGCUUUCCACUUUGUUGCUUGUUGUAGUCAGAUAAGACAUUUGUUUUACCUACACUGGAACUAGAUUAUAUCUGCCUGUCAUUUUUCUCUGCAGAUGUCUCUGAGUUUUACUAUCUUUAGAAGAUAUGCAUGUGUAAUGAUGGACUGCUUUAACUAUAUCUAUGAUUAUGUAUAGUGCUAACACUUUUAGCAUGUUUAUAGUGUAUCUAAUAAAUUGUUUAGCUUUUAAGGAAUGUAUCACCACUAUUUUUGCUGUGACGUUGCAGUGCAACCUUUUUAGCUGGCAACAUUAUAGUUUUUUUUUUUUUGUUUUCCUCUUAAAUAGCUGAACUUCACCAACAAAGAUGGCCAAACACCUGACAUGGGGUCUUCAUUUUUUUUAAAUCAUUUUUGUCAGUUUCCUUGCAUCUCAAGUAUUUGUGGAGCUGCAAACUAAAUACGCCUUCAUGGACCUCCUUCUUUCCCUGUUUUUAAACAACAUACAGUAUUUAACCUAUUUUGAAGCUGUACACAAAUGUAAUCAUUUCUUUCUGUCUGUUGUUCUGUGUAGUUUUCUCCAUAAAUAUUAGCCAGCA